AUGGCUUCCUAUGUCCAGGCCGUCAUGCGCCUGUUCGGCUUUGGGCGGCGCCGGCCAAGCGCCCGGCCAGGCGAGGAACAAGGGGCAGCGUCGUCCGCGCUGCCGCCGGGCAACGUCAACAGGACCAGCCAGCGCAUCGCCAGCGACGACGCCCUGACGCUGUUCCGCUUGACGCUAGGCAUCGCCACCCCUUCACACCUGGGCUUCACCGAAUCCGCCGCCCGCCCGCUGACAACGUCGAAGGCUGAGGACAGCUACAAGGUGUUCUCGGCCGUCAUCAACACCUGCUACUUCCUGCAGAUCAUCGUCACCGCCGCUCUGACCGCUCUCGGCGCCGCCAGCGCCGACAACAAGGCCAUCACCGCCUUCGGCGCCAUCAACACCAUCAUCGCCGGUUUCCUGACCUUCCUCAAGGGCUCGGGCUACCCGGCCCGCCUCAAGUACUACGCCAACGAGUGGAAGAAGGUGCGCGAGUUCAUCGAGCAGCGCGAGCGCGACUUCACCCUCGAGGGCUGCACGCUCGACGUCUACGAGGUCGUCGACGCGGUCCGCGAGAUGUACGACAGCACGAAGCGCGAGAUCGAGAUGAACACGCCGGACAGCUACAAUUCCAAGACGAACAACAGCCGCUUCGAGGGCAAGUUGAGAAGCCACCUCCCCGGCGGCCUGGAAGCGAAGGCGGAAGAGGCGGUCGGCCGGCUGCGGGGGCUCGACGACAUGGCCCGCAAGCUGAGGAGCAACGUGGGCUCCGUGUCUGAGGACGUGGAGGCAAAGUCCGUCGACUUCGUGGCGAGGCUGCGGAGCGUGGAAGACACGCUGGAGCAAAUUAAGAGCCGGAUCGAGAAGGGCGCGCAGGACGCCGCGCGGAGCGCAGCAGAUACCGCCACGCACGCUGUCCAGGACGAGGAGAAGCGUGUGGCAGCGGAGCUCCGAGACCUUGGGAAGGCCGUCGUCAGCGAAGCGGAGCAGCACAGGCCGCGCCCGCCCCGCGAGGUCUCCAUCACUUUCUCGCAUCAUGGCGACCAGCCGGAUGAGGCACAUGUUUCGGUCAGGAGCUGA